AUGCGGCCAACGCGGGGUGUAUGUGAUGGGCGUGUAACGGUUGCUGUGAAUAUCACCGCCGGCCGCUGCACAGCCGCAGAGAACAAUGGACAACACAGCAAUAUAAGGCUUCUGCACAGCGAGGCUGCACACCAGCGAGUAAGCGGAGUAACGAUGGAGAUGUCCACUACCUCGUGGACACAAGAUGCCCCUAUCGCCACUCCCACAGAGUUGACGGUGCGAACCCCUCUCAUUACAGUGGAGGGAGGAGAGAAGGGCACAUUACCGUAUGUGAUGUAUACACAGACACUAGCGGCUCAUAUAUCCACAACUCUUAUGCAGACAGAGGGUGUGGAGUUAAUGACAGUGGUCCACGGUGCUGCAGGGAGUGGAAAGUCUAUUCAACUAUUCGGGGCUGCUGUUGGGAAUGGUGUAGAGGAAGGACAGUGUAGUUCCACUGAAGGUAGAGAUGGUCUCUUUACAGCUGUCAUACAAAGGAUUUUCAAUAGUACAGAUACUACUGCGAAAUCGAAUCCAUGUGUUGCUGCUAUCAGCGUUGUGGAGUGGCGAUCCUUUUUCAAUCAUGAUAAGGAACAACAACAACAGCAACAACCAUCACAACGAGAAGAAGACUACAAUAGAUCCAAAGAUAAAACUCUAGAGAAUAACUCUGAACUAGAUAAAGACGUCACCCUUUCAAUGGAAGCAUUAGAUCUCCUCGCACGUGUUACUGAUCAAAGUUCUCCUACUGGUUGUUUUAUGGAAGACUACGCCGAUAUUCCUGCCGCCCGUUAUAUUCGCUGCGAGUCUCUUUCAGAAACUCUUGCAGUCCUACAUGCCGCACUGCGUCACUCCCUCUCAUGGCAGUCGGCACGUACAGCCUUUGCUCAGGGAUCCACUGAUGUAUUUGAGGUCCCUGACACACGUUCCAAUGCGGAACGACGACGUCGUGUAGUUGAGGCGAAACGUGAAGAAGAAGAAGAGGAGGAGGAAGAAUCACAACAACAACAACGAGAAGAAGAGGCAUAUGGAUAUCAAAGAGGGCGAAGAGGUUCUUCUAAAUCUGUUAAUGACUUUUUGCGCCCUACAGCAGGUGCCGGUUCUCACAUCUUGAUAACACUAUUACUUCGCCACAGUAGUGGUUCUACUAGUAUUUGGCGUCUGUGGGAUCUCUCAGGACCAUCUGUGUGGAUGGAUGAUGAAAGUCCCGCCUCAUGUAUGGCGUUUAACACACAUACUGCAAUUUCCCAAAUGGCAUAUCGUUAUAUGCAUAGAGAUCAACUGCAGGGUGGAUGGUGGCUCGCCUCUACACCACCGGAGCAUAUUGAAGAGAUUGUGCCACUUUUUUUCAAUCAACAACAACAACAAGAAGAACAAGAAGAACAACAAGAGGGCAUUAGUGGUUUUGGUGUUCGUAGUGUAGGUAUUGAUAAAGUUACGGCUAUGAUUGAGGCUACUUUGCAGCAUACAUGUUCUUCUGUUUUGUGGAUUACCGCACUUAGGCUUGAUGCUUGUUACGAUGAUAUUAAUGAAGAUGUUCUUGGAGCUGCAGCAUCACUUCUCUCUGGCAGUGAUGGAACGAAUGCUCAUCUCAUUGCAGAAUUGCGUCGUAGACGUCGGGAGGAAAAUUUGUGUGCUGCCAGUCGUGUUAUUGAUAUGUUUGCCAUACCGUUUUCUCGUCAGAGAGGUUUAUUAUCACCACCUUUACGAUAUCAUGAGAAUUCCACACUCUCUGUUAGUACCGUGGCUUCUGUAAAUGAUGUGGGUGGUGAUAAUGAUGAUAAUGAUGGUGUGGGAUUGCUUGCGAAUACUUCCACAACGAUCUCCCGCACUCCGCGUCUCAUGUCCCCUGUAAAGACAACACCGCCGGAUGUUGAACUGUUAACCCUUUCAGAGAUUAGCCGAACAACAUCUCUUAUCUCAGCAGUGAACACUCAUAUUUCUAAUCAUCGCGAUGCUCCUCUCUUUAGCACUUCACCGUUAUCAUAUCCCCCAUGGUCAGCCUUUAUGGAACGACAGUCGUGCUUAGAGGUACAAUCCCCGUACACUCCCUCUCAAGAUCAACAUCAACAUCCACAAAAACAAGAGCCAGAAGAAAAAGAAGAAAAAGAAAAAGAAGAAAAAGAACAUCUACCACAAUUGCGAAUAUCGGAAUACGCACCUCCACCUCCAUUUUCACUAUUACACCUAACACCACUCAAUAGUGGGAGAGAAGUGGGUAAUAAGAGUAUAGACGGUGAAGGUGGGGCCUCGCCAUUAUCACCACCCUCCGUGUCAGGCACAGAAUACCCAGAGGAAAGUGUGCAUACGGAUAAUACUAUGAUUAUUAACCAUAAUCUUAAUCACAAUCCUAAUAACAGCACAAGUACUAGUACUAGGGAUGAUCUUCAGCAUAAUGCAGUAGAUGCUGCCAUUGGUGUGAAGUGGUCCCAUACGUCAGAAAACGCGACGAACAUGGAUGUGAUUAGAACAUUAUCAUCAUCAUCAUCAUUAUUCGUAUCGAAUACUGCCUGUGAAGAUCAUAUGGAUGAAAUUUCAAAUGAUCGUAUUAAAGUGAAUGUAAAGAUCAACGAAGGAAGAAGAGGGGAGAAGAAAUUUAUAGACCAAAAUGAAGGUCUAGUGCCUGUCUCAAGUAGUGAAUGUAGUGAUCUCGCCAGCACUGUUCGAUCUUUCCUACAACAGCCACUUGCAGAAUUGCAAGAACUAACACAACGUUCUCAGGCAGAGGCACGAAAAGAACACCGACGUGAUAUUGCACGGCUUAACACAAUGCUGUACUCUGAUGCCAUUAUACUGGCAGAGUUGCAGAAGUCUGUGAAGGAACAGGAGCAACAAGCAGAAGAAGAAAAGCAACGUGUUUCUGAUGAGAUGAGAGUACGAGAGUCACGUCUGCAGAGUGGUAUUCUUGGAAAUCGCACCGAGGGAGAAGAAUUUAAAGGGGUAUCUGGGAAAUUGUUUGGACCAUCUACUUCACUGCAAACAUCCUUAGAGCGUGAAGUAAUGAUGACAUGCAGUGGGAACUGCAGUGGUAGAGGAGAUAUCCACACACGUCCAUGUGGAUGUGCAAGAAGGAAAGUGAAUACAACAGACAGACCGGUGAGUCCCACAAGACAGUUGAUUGCCGCAGAAAGGAAAAUACGCUUCCUUGAACAGCAAGUACUGCGAUUGGAACUCGAAAAUAGUGAAUUGCGAGCAGAGAUGAGUUCCCGCUGCAUGCGAUAUAAUGGAGAAGGCGCUACCACUACCACCACCACAACAACAGCAACAACAGCAACAAGUACGACUCUUAAAGGUCUUGAAAGUGUUUUCAAUGAUAUAUUGCAGCGCUGUAGUCAAUUCUGCAGUGAAAAGUCUGAAGAGGCAAAACGCGCGCGGCAAAAGUGUGAUGAGGCCAUUGCCGCUUUACAGCACCUUCAACAACAACAUCAACAUCAACAAGAAGGAGAAGAACAACAGAUGAGAGAAGGAGCGAAGUUGGAGAAGGUAUCGCGUGGAGGUGUCUUGACAGACAACAGGAACACGGGGUUAUUUGCAGAUACCACCAAUCAACAACACGUUAAUGGUGAAAACCACAACCAUCUGUGUCAAACGGUUGGUACUACUACUAGUACUACUACUACUGCUGCUGUUGCUGUUGCACCAACUGAUUCUUUCACAUCGUUCUCCUCAUCGGCGCCUAAAGUAUAUUCUGAGAAUGCUAUUGCUGAGCAUUUACGCCGGGUGCUUCUCCGGGCUACAGUAUUUGCCCCAACCUCUGGGGAUAAUCCUCCCCAAGAACAACAAGAACAACAGCGGGGAUGUGAGGAUAGUAGGAUAAAUGGCCUUGUACUUUCUAUUGAUCGUGGGUCGGAAGUAUCGGUGCCAGUGACUGAAGUAAAUGGAAAUACAUACAAUGGUCUGCGUGCAUUUCGAGAGGCCACAGAGAGAGUGCGGGAUAUCGCCUUGCGGACCUUGUCUCUAGCGAAGAAGAUUGUACAGGAAAACCAACAACAACAACCAUCAUCCUUUGCCAAUCUGUCAACAUGUGAUGGGGAUCUCGAACUUAAUAUAAGCAGCAUUAGUGGCGGUGUUGUGCUAAACCGAUGCGCUGCAGAUCUAGUGCGUGAGGAGACGAAUGUGUAUCGUGCGGUUGCCUCUCUGCAGCGUGAGGCGGCGGAACUGCAGCAUGUGCUGUUGGAGUCUAUGACGCAUGAGCGGCAACUUCUCAAUAGAGUAUUGUUGGCGUAG